GCUCUAGCCUUGAGCCUGGCUCAACAGGACUGCGGCCGGCGCCGCGGGAGAGCCCAGAGGACCGGAAGUGAUCGUUGGUUUCCGGGGGGCGCUCUGGGCGCGCUACUCUAUGGCUGCGCAGCCCGUUGCGCUCCGGCUUCGACGGGGAUCUUGCCCUCCGCGGACCCAGCCGAGGCCUUCCGCUUCCCUUUUGGAGGCCGGUGGCGAGCGACGUGCGGUGGGGGGAGGGCCGCGGCAGGCGAGAGGCAGGAGGACGGCGCCCGGAGCGCAUCCGCUGAGCUGGCCUGGCCUUUCCUCCCCGCCCUUUUCUCCUCCGGCUGUAGGCGGGCUGCUCGCCGCCUCUGCGAGUCUUUGGGCGGGGGCGAGGCCGCCGCCGCCGCCUCCGGUCCCCGAGCUUGCGCCUCCCUAGCGCCCGCCUCUCCCGGGCUCAGAGUCGCGCGGGUCUGCCUCGGUGUGUCCCAUGGACAGGCACAAAGUGAAGCGCCAGAGGCUCGACCGCAUUUGCGAAGACAAAGUAAUUCCAUAAAAGCAGGGCGUGGAAACAGCUGUCUAAUGUUUCAAAGUGGAGCAGAAAAGAUUGAAGGCUUUUAUCUUGGCAGAAUCUGGCAAAAGCUGUGCUGUGGUGGUAUAAGGCCUCCUAUUGGUAAUGGCCCAAUGCAAGCCCGUCCGCUGGUUGCCCUCCUGGAUGGCAGAGAUUGCACUGUAGAGAUGCCCAUCCUGAAGGAUGUUGCCACAGUGGCUUUCUGUGAUGCACAGUCAACUCAGGAAAUCCAUGAAAAGGUGCUAAAUGAAGCUGUUGGGGCUCUGAUGUACCACACCAUUACCUUGUCGCGCCAGGACCUGGAGAAGUUCAAAGCUCUCCGGGUCAUUGUGCGAAUUGGCAGUGGCUAUGACAAUGUGGAUAUCAAGUCAGCUGCAGAAUUAGGCAUUGCAGUGUGCAACGUCCCUUCUUCUUCUGUGGAAGAGACAGCUGAUUCUACCCUUUGCCACAUUCUAAACCUUUAUCGUCGGGUUACUUGGCUCCACCAGGCCAUGCGAGAAGGAAACAGAGCCUCAAGUAUGGAGCAAAUUAGAGAGGUGGCUGGAGGUGCUGUGCGUAUCCGUGGGGAGACAUUGGGCAUCAUUGGCCUUGGUCGAGUUGGGCAAGCAGUUGCUCUGCGAGCAAAACCCUUUGGCUUCAAUGUGAUUUUCUACGAUCCAUAUCUGCCUCAUGGAGUGGAGCGUUCCCUGGGGUUACAGCGGAUGAGCACCCUGCAAGAUCUGCUCAUGCACAGCGACUGCAUCACAUUGCACUGCAGCCUCAACGAACAUAAUCAUCACCUCAUCAAUGACUUUGCCAUUAAACAGAUGCGCCAAGGCUGCUUUCUGGUGAAUACAGCUCGUGGAGGACUAGUUGAAGAGAGAGCCCUGGCUCAAGCCCUCAAGGAAGGGAGAAUCAGAGGGGCAGCAUUGGAUGUGCAUGAGUCAGAACCCUUUAGCUUUGCGAAUGGACCCCUCAAAGAUGCUCCCAACGUGAUCUGUACUCCUCACACAGCCUGGUAUAGUGAACAGGCCUCCAUUGAAUCUAGAGAGGAUGCAGCUAAGGAGAUCCGAAGAGCCAUCACAGGUGUCAUACCUGAUCAUUUGAGGAACUGUGUUAAUAAGGAGUACUUGCUUUUAGCAGCUCAGUGGUCCAGUAUUGACCCUGCGGCUGUGCAUCCAGAGCUUAACGGAGCUGCAGCUUACAGGUUUCCUGCAGGAGUAGUGGGAGUAGCAGCCACAGGGCUCCCAGAGCCACCAGUAGAGGGGAUUGUACCUCACGGUAUUCCCUCUGUGUCUCACUCUGCACCCCAUACCCCUUCUCCGGGAGAGUCAAGCAAAUUGGAGCCAGACAGAGAAAUCUCCACUGACCAGUAGCAUCUCUGUUCUCUUUAUUCCCCCAUGAGAAAGCAGGGAAUGCCUCCUUUUUUUUUUAGGACAUAUUGUGAUCCCUGUGGACUGUUUCCUGUUCGCACCGGACAGGAGAAUGCAUUUCAUUGUUGGCAAAUUCUAGCUCUUGCCUUUAAACAGAUAUUUUAUAUCAGAUUUAGUUUAAAUCUUUUGGUGAAUCUUUUUCCUUAUCUGGGGCAAUGAAGCAGUGACUUUUCACCCUCUUGGUAAUGUUUAGUUUUAACAUGGAGGUUUCCUUGCCCCUGCCUUCCACUGUGUGAUAUACAGGAAAACAGUACCUGAGUAGAAUACUGAGAAUUCCAGUGAUUCCAGAACAAGACUGGUGUGCAUUUAAGGUGGUUUCUUAGGUUGAAGGUCAGCAGAGUUUCAGGUACAAGGGGCAAAGUACACUGUAAUGGGGCGGGAAGGUGCGCAUGUAGGUUUGCUUGGUAGGAAGGGGAGCCCCGGCUCAGUUGUGGGCAUUUACUGCUUUGGCCUGCCUGUAUGCUCUGAACUGAUGUGCUUGGUGGGUGAUUUGCUCCUAGGAUGCUGGGGGUAAGUAAUUAUACGAACCAGAGUGAAUUGGAAAUUCUGCCUGGAAUCUUAUUUGUGUUUCAAGACGUGCAGAGAAUUUGCAUCGACAGCCAAGAUGCUUGCGAAGUUACAGGGAGGAAGAUUCAACUGAGAUUUGGGCCCAGCUCAGGGAAUGAGGAGUCAGCUCCAUAUAGGGAGGCAGAAGGCGUUUCAGAAAUCAAAGUGUCAGGUUACAUAAAUGCCUGCUCUUUGCACGCUUAUUAGUGCAACUUUGCUACAAUAAGAUGAUUAUGCUGAAAUCCUAGAACUUAACUUGGGACCUAAGUCUCGUUGACCUGUCUUUUAACACGCAUCAAAGGCCAAGCCAGGAUUCUUCCCUCUUAUUUUUGUUUAGUAUGAAAUGUCCCAGGUGUGUGCGUGCUGAAUUUUUCAAGUUCUUUACUUCAACCCCUUUCUCUGAAUUGAGUCCUUGUCUUGCAAAAAAAACCAACCAACAGAAUUCAUUCUCAAAACCUACAGAUGGCCACACAGAUUCUUCUUGGGGAGAAAUAGUUGGUCUGUGGCAAACUAUGGCAGUAUGUUUUAACCAAGGCAUUUAAACCAGAUUUAAAGGCAGAACUAGUGCUGUACAUUGUCUCUUAUGAGGUGAAUAAAUUCUUAUUCCCUGGCACUGUCCACACAGCAUAUAGUUCAUAAUGAAGCAAAGUAUUUAUUAUUGUUGGAGGAUAGCCUUGUCAUGUUGCUUGGACUUUACAGAACUCUUUGACUAGGAAAAUGUUAUGGCUUAUAAUCAGACCGCCUAAGCAUUAAGCUCAGAAAACAAUUGGGGGUGAAGAAUAGGAAUUUUUUGUUGUAAUCAGAAUUCAACUUUACCUUGUUUUCUUACAAACAAAAUGCCAGCCAGGCAACCUGGGAACUGGGUGGAGUAGAAACCUCAUCCUAGAUCUUGCUUACAACUGAACAUUGAUAAUGGGCUAGCAUGUCCCCAAGCAUCCCAGUUUUCCAAGACUGUCUGCAGAUAUUGGCAGUAUUUCUUCAAUGCCAAGUGCUAACUGACAGGUGUACAGAGAAUCCCUUUCAAGUGAGGGAAGCGCUGAGCAAGAAAAAUCUUACUUUUGUAUUGUGAGAUGGUAUAUGGUGCCCUUGUAGUGUGUGCUUUGUUAGAAUGUGAGUUGGAAGUGUUUGGUGUAAUGUAGGCUCUGGUAGUGGGGGAGGCACAAUAGCUUUAUAAUCUCUUGGAUGAUUAUGACUUCAUGUUUAAAAUUCACAUACCUCUUGGGUCGCUCAGGGUUUUUAGCAGUCUGUGCACGGGGGGGGGGGCAUGCUAACAGAUGUUAGUGCUAAGUGUGUGGCAGUAAAUGUGGGGAACCUUUGAGUGAAGCCUUCACCUCUGAAGAGAUUUAACUUGGGGCAGAAAUAACAGUUUCAGCUUUUUAUUUGAUCUGCAUACUAAUCUGCUCUAACCAACCUGAAAACUGGAAUGCAUUGCCAUUUGGGUUGUUGCAAAUAUAACACAAUGCUGGCCUUUAACUAGGGUUAAAGAAAAUGGGAGUAGCCUGUGUGACAAGACACUUCCUCACCCCAUCCUUUCUCCUGUGUAAAUUUCCUGUGCCCACACCAUUCCCCCCCUUCAGUUCCAAAAUCUAGGUUCACAUCUGUGUUAAUCGAGAUGUAACAUUGCUCAGACCUAACUCUAAACAAGGGCAAAGAGAGCUAAAGGAAUGUAUCUGUCAGAGGAGACGGAGAUGUGAUCUUAUUGUUUGCUGUUGAUCUUUUGGCCUGAGCCAAGGGCCAGAAUUGUGUCCGCACCAGCCCUUGAAAAACUCUGCUCUCUAGUGGGCAAACUAGCCAGCUGUGAGGUGGGCUGCAUGUAUUACAUUUCACAAUCUGUUGAGGAGAAAUCCCAAUGUACAAAACAUUCACACAUUGCUGAUGUGCCUCAGAUAGCCAUAACAUUAGGUGCUACUCCAGAGGGCAGUUCAGGGUUGUGUGUAUUCUCCGCCAACCUCCCCAUUACACAGCACUCAAAAUUCUGAUUCAUAAUAUAAAUGUGCAUAUUUCUGCUUCCAAUAGACCAUCAUGUUUAGGGUAUUUUUACAGAAAUGGCAGGGAAUUGUAGAGAAAUUGGGAUUAGUGAGAAAGACGGUAGGAAAUAGCCAUUGAGGAAGAGCAGGGAAUUGCAAGGCUCUGGUGCCCUGCCACUCUGCCUUUUAGUUUCUUGUACUUUACUCAACAUUAGUUAUGCAUUGUCAAGCUGUUGGCUACAACUAUAAGAGCAGGAAUGUGCUUUAAAAAAAUGAAAGCUGAAAAUCUCAGGAUACCAAGUUUGAUUAGAUUUCAUACUUGGAUAGGAGAUACUGAUGUAUUUCACUGUCCUGUUGCAACCCAACUAAUAAGUUCUGUCAACCCAUGGGUUGAGCAUUCCUGCAGUGGAGAAUAGGAUGCCUAUUGCCCCAAUGUCACAUUGUAUUACAAGCAGAGAAAAUCAGCAACAUCUUUUGCUCAGCUUGCUGCUGGCAAUUCCUAAAUUCUGUUUGUAAGAUUUUCUGAUCAAGGUCCCCAGUUGUGGGAUUGCCCAGAGUCUGUUCAUCUUGCCUGUUUCAGGGAGUAGUGUAAGAUACACUUAAUUAAAAGUGGCAAACAUAUAUUAGUAAGCAAAAUUAUUUUUUACACAUGAAUACCUCUAAAGACUUAUCAGGUAAAAACCUCCUUAAGGAGAGAAAUUGGGAAGAUCCCAGCUGGCUAGCACUGAGCCUUUUGUUUUGUAGAAACCGUGCUGAUUGGCAUACUAGAAUACAUAAAUGAUAAGGUUGUGUCAGUCUCUGAAUGCUGGUGAACAUUGUAUAAGCCUUAAGCCCUCAAAGAUAGCCAGUAUUACCUAGACCUACAUUUGGGAAUUAAAACAACUUUGAAACUGCCAGAGUGGCAUCGCUUGAGGAUCCAGAUCAGGUUUGAGACUCCUUAGCUAAUCAAGGGGUUUUUCCCCAAAAAGCAGGAUGGGCCAGGUGCUGAUGAAAGUGCUCCAGUUGCACAUCAUGGUAUAUUUUUGGUUCAGACUAGCAGUUGCCACAAGAAAGGGUAAUGCUAAAGUGGAAUCUCUCUCCUGACACUAAACAUUGGUUCAGUGACCCCUUCUCACAUGUAUAGAUGUGAAACUCCUUGCUCCAAGUUUUAUGCAUGCUGGAGGAAGAAUAGACUUCCUUCAGAAUUAAUGUGGAGCUUAAUCCCAAAGAACAUUUGUUCCUAACGUUGAGGCAGGAGUGCCCUGGGUCAUGCCAAGCUUAUCUGCAGGAGGAGCUCACUCUGUCCUAAGGUAUAUUCUGCUUGUCAGGUUUGCUGUUGCUGACCAGCUUUUUUUAUAGAGGACUCAGAGUUUCAGAAAUAUAUUUUUGUAGCCAAUAACUAAACUGUGAAACUUAAACAAUAAAGCAUGUAAAAGCAUUUCCAAUGAUGUUUCCUGUACAGAUGUUUCUCCCUUCAACUCUCUCCUGGCUUUUGUUAGAAGUUUGACAGUUUCUUUGAUUAUAUUUUAAUAAAUAUUUCCUUUAUGGUCA